CAGUGCAUGGUCCUAUAAAAAAGCCACGCCACAUUCUGGCGGACAAAGAUCGAUCCAAAGAACUCGACAUCGUCUUCUCACCAGACAAGAAUAAGCUGACAAAACGACGACACAGGAUCGAUCCAACAGCAUGCACCAGACCAUAGACUACACAGAUGCGCUCAGUCUACCUCCAAAAGGAUAUGUUACUGUUGGUGAAUCUAAUGCUACACUAGUUCACAUCUCUGGACCACAAGAUCCAGCACUAAGAAGCUUCAUCAAGAAGCAUGCAGAGUUGAAUGCCGCCUUGACACUGCCUUCCAGAAACACCCAUAUACCGCAUCACCACAAGACCAAUGCAGCAGUAGAGGAGCUUCUGGAUGAUGCCAAGUCGACGGGCCUUAUUCCGCAGCCAAUUUUAGACAGGAUCGAAGAACUCUCAAAGCAAUGGGACCUGGAUGCGAUUGCAGAUACUGCAGGAGCACUAUGGAAGAAAGCCUGGGAUGUUUACAAUAGCCUUGCAGGAUCAUACGGCACCAUUGUCCGUCACGAUAAACUCGCCAAACUAUUGAUCCGCAAAAUUGCUUGGCACCCAUAUCAACCUUUGCUCGCCAUUGCGCUCUGGAACAACUCUGUCUGGGUGUACGACCUUUCUGUCGAAGCGUGGUACUCUUGUGGCCUGUCUCAUCCAGCACAGUCUAAAGUCAUGAGUCUAGAGUGGAAGCCCACGUCAGGAGUCGUUUUAGCAGUCGGCUGUGCAGAGGGUGUGGCACUCUGGCACGUCUUUAGGGAUCAUGCUCCAUCAGGUACAGAGGCUGCGUUGACAGAACCCAACCCUUUGAAAGAUCGUCCUUCCGAGCUGAUAAGCGAGGUGUACAGCACGCCCUCCAGAGCAACAAAUCAUGGACGAGACACUGCGUGGAUCGGACUAAAUCUCUUUGAGGAUCUCAGAGGAGUGGAUUAUAUGGCGUGGAAUCCUCGUGGGGAGCUCUUGGCUGUCGGAUCGGCUCAUUCAUCAACGGUUUACAUUCGCGACGGGACGACCAAGGCACUGACGGAGCUAAGAUUAAACAUGCGACCAUCUCCACCUCGAUUUGUCCGGAGCUUCGAAUCCCUGAUGGAGACCGUGUCCAACGUCAAGAAGGCAAUCAGAUCUGCGACAUCACCAAACCUGCACGAAAACAUUCGACCCACACACGAAAAGGGUCACUUUGGCCCUACUGUCAGCUGCCUUAGCUGGUCGCCCUGUGGGCAGUACCUACUGGUUGGAUAUCUGUCAGAGGUGGCACGCGUAUACUGCACAGCUACGUGGGAGUAUGUCGAUAUCAAGGACAUGAAGGGCGUAGUUCAGUCUGCGUGUUGGACACCUGAUGGCUACAACCUAAUUUACUCGCUGCAAGGCGAUGACCUUAUCCGGGCAGCUCAUUUCGAGAAGCGAGCGGGUGCAUUGACAUCGAUUCCCUUGAACUUUGUCAAAAUGUCACUGCGGUAUGCUGAUAUCGAGGCGUACAAGAGCGCCAUGCGAAGCGAGGACAAAGAUGGAGACCAAAUAGGGCUAAGAGACAUAUUUUGGAAGAGGUUUGGGGGCCGGAGACUAGAAGAGCUUGAGGAAUUUGGUCCGGUUGAAGAAAUGGCCAUAGACGCAAAUGGAGAGCGAUUAGUUGUCAGAUUCAGGGAUACGGAGUUGUUAGGCGUCGUACUUGUGAAACCGACUGGGUCCUUGUUGAAAGAUCUGGAUAUUUUCAUGCCAACCGGAUUCAUUCAGGGACCAGGAUGGGAGAGUCAACAGUCAGAUGAUGAUGAUGACGAACACGAUGGGCGGGAGCCCAAGACAACUUCUAUAACCUUUGCGAGGCAUUCCAACGGCACGUCAUUGCUUUCGAUGGCAUGGGAAUCCGGCAAGAUUAAUUUUAUGCCAUUUUACUAUGAGACACAAAGGGAGAUGGGUUCACUUUAAUUGGGCGAAGCACCACGCUGCCUUCAUUCUGGCGUACAAUAAACUAUUUGCAAUUGAAA